CACGGUCUCCUUACAAACACCACCUUGGGAAUUGCAGGAUCUUUGGGUUUUCUGGUCUCAGUAGACAAGCCUGAAGGUUAGUCAGCUAUAUGUGGAGGGGAAUUGUUGUAAUUGUACACUCUCCUGUAGCAGGUAGGCAAUUAUGUGCAAGAAUGACACAGUAAUAAGAGCUACAAGCACGAACUGUUUUAAGAAUUUAAGAAGUGCAACAUGGCAAGAGGCUGCCUGUGUUGUUUGAAAUACAUGAUGUUCCUUUUCAAUUUAAUAUUUUGGUUAUGUGGCUGUGGUCUGCUGGGCGUAGGCAUCUGGCUGUCAGUGUCACAAGGGAACUUCGCCACGUUUUCUCCCAGCUUCCCAUCGCUUUCAGCUGCCAACCUAGUCAUUGCCAUUGGCACAGUGAUCAUGGUGACCGGCUUCCUGGGCUGCCUAGGUGCUAUCAAGGAAAACAAGUGCCUGCUGUUGAGCUUUUUCAUCGUUUUGCUGAUAAUUCUCCUGGCUGAGCUGAUAUUAGUCAUUUUAUUCUUUGUUUAUAUGGACAAGGUCAGUGAGAGUGCAAAGAAGGAUUUGAAGGAAGGAAUGAAGCUGUACAAUUCAGAAAAUAAUAUUGGACUGAAAAAUGCAUGGAAUAUCAUUCAAGCAGAGAUGAAAUGCUGUGGUGUAAAUGACUAUACGGAUUGGUACCCAGUGCUGGGAGAAAACAUUGUUCCAGACCGAUGUUGUAUGGAAAACUCCCAAGACUGUGGACGGAACUCUACUGAAUCACUGUGGAAAACGGGAUGUUAUGAGAAAGUCAUGAGCUGGUUUGAUGACAAUAAGCAUGUCCUCGGCUCGAUUGGGAUGUGUGUCCUCAUAAUGCAGAUUCUUGGCAUGGCCUUCUCCAUGACACUAUUCCAGCAGAUUCACAGGACUGGCAAAAAAUAUGAUGCCUAAAGCCUCGGAAACAUUAUCACAUCAAACCUUCUGUCUCAUCAUAAAAAUGAACACAAAGAAUGACUGCAAGGAGCAUCACGCCUAGCCCUGCUGAGGAAAUCCGUCCCAUUGACAGAUCCACUUCGUUGUUACUUGUCCAGUUAUUAUCACAACUUAUUUGACUCAUUUUUUCUUCUGUUUCACAUUUGCCAUUUAUUUGCCAAAGAGGGGGGAAACUCCCCAAACAAAUGGAUUUUCUACACGAAAUCAUAGAUCUGCUCUAAGAAUGUUUCUUAACUUAAGAAAAUGUUUUGCUCUACUAAUCCAUGCUAUAUGUGCGAAAAUUAUGUGUGUUUGACAUCAAGGAAGAAUUCUUCAAAGUCUUCCAUUAGGCUUUCAACCCUUAUGUCUGAUUUACUGGAAGAUUCGGAAAAGCCACUCUAACUGAGAGUCCUAGGAUUUGGAGCUGCUUUGCUUUGCAGCUUCUUGUACCUUACGGUGUAUACUUUUUUAUUAUGAUAAUGAUGAUUAUUAUUAUUAUGAUGGAUAUAGCUUAGAAUUUAGUUGCCUGACUUAUAACUUCUUACUGUUUUUGGUUUUACACAUCUAUUGUACAUUAAUUUGGGAACCGCUGUGCGAUCUCCAGAGGACCUGUUUUGCAAAGUUGAUAGUAGGUGCGGGCAAAGACAUAACUUUUCUCAAGUCCAAGGGGAGGCAGCACCUACCUUUAUUAGGGCCUUGAUGCCCUUACUGUAAUAAAGGUAUUUCCUUUAAAAUCAGAGACUCUGUCCUCAGAUGGAAUGCAAAGCCUUCCCACUGGACCAGAUGAUGAGCUUCCUGCUUCUGCGAGGCAAAGUUCCAAUGCCUUUACUCACCCAAAGCAGUGCCUGGCUGCUUUAUGUCAUGCUACUUUGAAAGCUAAAAGCACUGACUAAGCAAGUUACUGCCAGCACAAAGGAGAGAGAUUGCAGUCUGACCUACUGGCAGCAGACUUCACUGACUGUGUUGUCUGCUUCAAAAAGUUUGCCCAAGGCAUGGCAAGCUGCUGGAUGUGAAGGAAGGGGAUGGCAAUUUGAUGGCACCAUUAUCAUGCCAUGGCCUUUGUUAUAGCAAUAUCCUCAGGCUAAAGACAGCUACCUCCCUUAGCUAGAAAGGACAGUUUUAUUAUGAGUGACCAGAUGAUGCAGGAAAGGGGCAAUUUCCACAACAGCACUGGGAGAUGAUCUGUAUUGGCACACCUUCAGUAGAGAAUUGUUUUUUGCUGACAGAUCACCAAGUUCAUCCACUGGAGUAGUUUACUCAAUGCAUAUUUUUACCAACAUUCCUGUUAGAAAACUUGAACAUGUAUUUCUCCACUUUGAAUGCUUCUUCAUUGCAAGGGGCACCCACUUACCCGUUGUUACAGGUUUUUGCUGUUUUGUGAAGGAAGAAGGAAAAGCUCAGACAAUGCAGGAUGCUGUGAUCAAACUUCAGUCAGGGCUUGACUCAGCCCUGAAAGAAACACUGCUUUUUGCAUGGACAGCUGUCAGAAGUGACCUUCAAAGGUUACCUCAUCCAGUGUCACGCCCAAAGAGGUAUUGACACAUAGGUGAGAUGGGGUUCAGUAUGACAUUAUUGGGCUGAGUUUCAGAAACUGUUGAGGAUGAAGAUUUUGUGCCUUUCAGAGCCACGCCAUCUCAAACUACUCCUCUGGUAAACAAGAUUCUAUUAAUGUCCAGUCUGAAUAUUCAUACUUAAAGCUCCAAAAAUACGUAAUUUUCAUUUUAUCAUUCAGCCUAUCCUUUUCCUUGUGGGCUGAAAUACCCACUUUAUACCUGGGAGGUUUUAGUCACCUAUUUAUCUUCCUAAUAAUUCCUGCAUGCAUCUGUACAUCUGGUAGCAAUAGUGUUUUAUGUGGCUUACAUGCCACUUUUUUUAGUUCCUAUGAAAUCAGUGUGAUAGGAAGGAGUGUGAAUGUGUGGGAGAUAGAGAUGAAUUUGGGGGUUGCAGUGAAGAAGAAGGUUACUAUUCUUAAAGCACAGCCCUUGCCCAUAUGAGCACAAUGCCCAAAUUUCACAGGGCUCUGGUUUCCCACUGAAGCAGACAAGGCCAUAUGGGUUCAGAUAUUUCAGUUGGAUUGCCCUUGAAGGAAUCAGGGAAGAAGCAGAGGGAAAGCACAGAAACUGAAUCCAGUUUUACUUCCAUUUCUAACAAAAAUUGGGACCAGGAGCAUCUGAGCCUCACUGGAGAUGGCUGUUCCACGUUGAAAAAGGGGCUCUGAUGCCCAGUGUAUCUGCUGCUACAUGUAAGACUGUAUCCAAAGUUGCUAAGAUGUGUUCCCAUUUUUGCAAGAAAAGACGGGAUGGUUUUUGUCUGAUGGCUCCACUGCAUUCUCCCUUUGGGCAGAGGUGCUUAGCUUUCUCUAGAUUUUCUGGUGCUCAAAAAGAGCCAGGUGCAGGGCUGAGUAGGAGCAUCAUCUCUGUCCUUUUGGGUCGCACAGUGGUAUCUGCCGCAUCUUACAUUUUAAUCUGCAGUCAGUUUUUGUACAAAAAUGGCAAAAUAUAUUAGUGAAAGUAAUAAGGAAAUAAAAGAUGUUUAUGAGUAA